CGUCUAUCACUACACGACUUACCUCAUACACGCUAACUAACAAGAGCGUCGACUGAAGAGCCGAAACCAAGGAUCUGCCCACUUUGCGCGCGUAGUUGACAAGACUAGCAACCAUGGCGACUGGUAUGCCCUAUGGGCUGCAGGCUAUGCUGAAGGAUGGCCAUAAGCACUUCAGCGGGCUUCAAGAAGCGGUCAUGAAGAACAUCGAAGCGUGCAAGGGCCUGGCGCAGAUCACGCGGACUUCGCUUGGGCCAAACGGCAUGAACAAGAUGGUCAUCAACCACUUGGAAAAGCUGUUUGUGACCAGCGACGCGAGCACUAUCGUGAGCGAGCUGGAGGUGCAGCAUCCCGCGGCUAAGCUGCUUGUCAUGGCCGCUAAGGCGCAGGAGGCUGAGAUUGGCGACGGGACCAACCUGGUCCUGACUCUGGGCGGCGAGCUGCUGGCGAACGCGGAGUCGCUGCUGCGCGACGGCCUGCAGACCAGCGAGGUGGUGGACGGCUACCAGCGCGCCUGCGACAAGGCCCUGGAGGUGCUGGAGGGCCUGGUGCUGCCCGGCACCAAGGACGUGGACGUGCGCGACAAGGCCGAGAUCGCCCGGCGGCUCAAGGGCUCCAUCAGCAGCAAGAUCAGCGGCUAUGAGGACGUGCUUGCGGGCCUGGUGGCGGAGGCGUGCAUUGACGUGUGCCCCAAGAACCCCAACAACUUCAACGUCGACAACGUGCGUGUCAUCAAGAUCCAGGGCUCCACGGUCGCUGAGAGUGUGGUCGUGAAGGGCAUGGUCCUGAAGCGCGACACGGAGGGCAGCAUCAAGGCGGUGGACGACGCCAAGGUGGCCGCCUACACGCAGGGUGUGGACACCUCGUCCACGGACACCAAGGGUACGGUGCUCAUCAAGAGCGCCGAGGAGCUGGAGAACUACUCCAAGUCUGAGGAGUCCAAGCUGGAGGAGUACAUCAAGGGCAUCGCCGACAGCGGCGCGCGCGUGGUGCUGUCGGGCAGCAGCGUGGGCGAGAUGGCGCUGCACUUCUGCGAGAAGUACGGGCUGAUGGUGGUCAAGAUGCCGUCAAAGUUCGAGCUGGCGCGCCUGUGCCGGGCCACCGGCGCCACCGCGCGCGCCACCUUCGGCGCGCCCACCACCGACGAGCUGGGCUUCGCCAAGAGCCUGCGCGUGCAGGAGAUUGGCGGCACCAACUGCCUGGUGCUGCAGCAGGACUCGGCGCUGGGCGCCAUCAGCACCAUCGUGCUGCGCGGCUCCACGGACGGCUUCCUGGACGAUGUGGAGCGCGCCGUCAACGACGCCAUCAACACCUACAAGGCGCUGUGCCGCGACAGCCGCAUGCUGCCGGGAGGCGGCGCGCCGGAGCUGGAGCUGGCGCGCCAGCUGGGCGAGUUUGGCAAGAAGCAGACGGGCCUGGAGCAGUACGCCAUCGUCAAGUAUGCGGAGGCGUUUGAGGUGGUGCCGCGCACGCUGGCGGAGAACAGCGGCCUCAACGCCACCAACGUAGUGCACGCCAUGUACUCGGCACACGCCGCCGGCGCGGUGGCGGCGGGGCUGGACGUGGACGGCGGCGCGCCGCGCGACCUGUCGGGCGCGCCGGACAGCAUCCUGGACCUGUUCUCUACAAAGUGGUGGGCCAUCCGCCUGGCCACCGAGGCGGCCUGCACGGUGCUCAAGGUGGACCAGAUCAUCAUGGCCAAGCAGGCGGGGGGGCCCAAAGCCCGCGGCGGCGACGGCGACGACGAUUGAGCGGCGGGCGCGGCGGCGUAGCGGCGGGAACUGCGGCGUAGCGGCGGGAGCAGCAGCAGCAGCAGCGUAGUUGCGGCGUGGCGGCUGGGUGAAAGUGGAAGGAGGAGAAGGAGGAGGAGGAGUUGGCGGCUGCUUGGGGGGCGUCGGCUUGAAAAGUGCUGUGUGGAGUGCUUCAGAAGGAGGCGAUAGAGGAGGAUGUACAGUUUGGCACUCUGUGUUGUGCAUGCGCCUGAAAGAAUUCGUGGCUGAUGGCGGCGUAAUGCGGGGCAAGCCCCUCAGGAUGGCUAUGAGUGAAUCGACUUUGGCUUGCGCACAGGGUUGGAGAGCUGCUGUAUACGGUUUGGCAGUGGGCUGAAGGGACUAGAAGGACUAGGCGGAUAGGUGUGUCGUGUGAGCGAGAGGCCUGCGUGCAGGCUGCAAGACGAGGGGGGGGCGCAACAGGGCGCAUACCUAGGCGCCUGCCGACCAGCUGUCGGCUCCAGCGGGUUGUGAUGCGGGUGGAGAGAGGCUUAGAGGGGAAAACGCCGCGGGAGAGCCCCGCCGUGUGGGUUGGGCAGCGCUCGUGUGUAAAGCGGCGAGGCG